AUUUAAAAAGCCUUUAAUACUUCAUGGCUACUAAGUCAUAGUUAAAAACAUGCCUACGCAUUUGAACCAUUAAGGCCUUCAUCAUGGCAAGUACAUGGUACGUCAUGACAAAUAGUCCUUGUCUACACACAUUCAAAUUUAAAGAUAUUUAGUCUAAAAAAUAUCAGAAUCAGCCUUUAAAACCCACCAUGUGUCAUUUGUGUGUAGUUGUAAACUUCUCCUCAGGUUAUUGAAAAAUGCCCAAAUUCUCAGAAACGAUAUGGAGGACAUCACCUUAGUGUCCUCAAUGAUAUACAGAAGCUACAAGUCUGUUCAGGAUGGCAACAUGAUCCCUUCAAUAAAUGUCAGUCUUCCAGUCUCUGUCGGUGCCAUGGCUGACCAAAGCUGGUGGAAGCUGACCUUCUCACGCAAAAAGAAAUCUGAAUCCAAGGUCCUGUACGAGAUCCCGGCCGAGUGCGGCAGCAACACUGGGCAUAAAGAGCACUCGAGCAAUAAUCCCCCUCCGGACCGUAUGGACAGCCAGUUCAAUGCCAGACUGGAGAAGAUUGUAGAUAAAUCUGCCACCAAAGGCCGCCACGUCAAGGUCUCCCACUCUGGUCGCUUCAAGGAGAAGAAGAAGGUCCGCGCCACGCUGGUGGAGAACCCAAAUCUGUUCGCAGAGCACAACCUCAGUGACGAGAACCAUAAAAUGAAGACUGAAAAAUAGCAAACAUGGUCACAAACACCAGAAUGCACAUACUUGAUCACAGUUGUGUCAUACAUCAGCAUCACACUCAUAAAAGCUUGAAGGGGUAAAAUAUGUACUAGCACAACCACAUUGGCAUGACAUUUGCAAUGUGCGGGGUGGAUAAACAUGCACCACACCCAGGUAGAUACUGUAACCAGAGGACUCACGCCUAAACAAACAACUGCUAUCAACAUCAGACAUUUACAGAAGUGAGGGGAGGCUAAACAAGCACUUGAGACAUUUUUCUUUGAAAUUUUGUAAACAUUGUUACUCCAAAACUGAAAGUACACUCUUUCAAUAACUUUUAUGGCCUCAUAUUGUUGUUAUAUAUCUUCAAAAAUGAUCUGUGACUCUGCCUAACCUCAUGCAAACAUCCUUAUGAAUGAAUUGUAAACAUGAUUGCAAUUUAAAUUUUUUUUUAUUAUAAUGGCUGUAGAGUUUGGGAAUAAAACCUCCUUUUUUAUGUCCCACACAAUCAGUACAUAAGGGAAGAUAGAGCUUUGCACAGUGCAACCAAGGCAGGAGAUUUUUAUUGCAUUUUUACAACCAAAGCAAAUUAAGGCUUGAUUUAGCACUGUGGAUACUCCACAGAUUUGUUAAAUUAACAUUUGUUGUUUAUAUCAUCUUUUCUGAAAUCCUGCAAAAAAAAAAAGUGUAUUUUGUUUUUAAUAAAUUUGACAAGAUGUGUUAUUAUAAAGGAGUACUUUGUGUUUGUGUGGUGGCAUUUGCAAGAAGAGGUAUUUUUGCUGAAUUAUUUCAACAUUAGUGUUAUUUAUUCUUCCAAAAGUUCAGUAUGUCUGACCUUUAAAGUUAUGGAUAGGAUUAGAUUUAGUUUACAGUUUGGGAAAGAGUUACACUGAGUUUUGAAGUUGAAAUAUUCAUGUCCAACAUUAAGCAGGGAAACUCUCCACUAGUAGAAAGUGUUUUUAUUCAGUUUUAAUGGAGCUAGCUUAAUGGUUUCCCGUUGUUUUUGCUUUGCUCACUGUUUUAGUUUUAAUCAGUUAUGCUAACAUCGACAUUUCCAAUGUUAACCUUAAAUCAAAUGAAUAAUAUGAGAGGGGUCACUCAUCAAAAACCUAUCAACUUAUCACAAUUAUUACCAAUUAAAAGCCAAAGCUAACGUUAGCUGAUGUCAACCAUUUAAACUUCAAUACUUUUGUGUUUUCAGACCAUUUCUUAAAAAAAUUAGCAGAGAAACUUUUGUUAGACAGUGUAUUUAUGUAGUUUUAAUUAAGCUAAUUUAGCGGUUUUUGCUUUAGCUCACCGUUCUAGUUUUGAACAGCUAAGCUAACAUUGUCAUCGCGCUAACUCAUGUUAGCUUGCUGUUUAUGUACAAAGUGUAUUUAACUCAAAACUGUUUUAAUUAAUUUCUCCAUAGCAAUAAACUGAAAAUAUUGUGAGCUUGUUGCCUGACUUGUUAAAACAGUAUGAAUCAGCAUUUUCAACCAUAAAUCAAGUGACUAUUGUGAGAGGGGUCACUCAUCAAAAACCUACCAACUUCUCA